AUAACUUACUGAAAGAAAUGAACAAACUGCCUUAUACAAAAUCAACCCAGAUAUACUACAUGUUGAUUUUCAACCACUACAGUUACAAGUUGCAUUGAUAAGCAUUUGAUCAUUACUGUCAAAUUGGGUUAUUAAAUAGGGUUAAUAGAAUUCAGGAUAAAAUGACACAUUAUAAAGCUGCUAUACAGUAAAUAGAUGAGGUAAGACUGCUGUUCUUUGACAGAAUGCCCGUACAUGGAACUUAAUUUGAGUUUGAAACUGUGGUUUGCAGAAGUAAUGUGGGAAUGGAGAAACUACUCUACAGCUGCAGUACAGACACUGAUAAUCACAUUCAAUCAUCAUUUCGUUAGAUUAAAAUUCAUAGUCCCCUUAUGUAUUAAUUUAGAAGUUGUUUUGGAGGGGAAAUUUAUGAUACAAAGUCAGAUGAAAACAGGCUAAGUUCAGAGUUUUAACAGAAUAGAAUGUAACAGAUUCACGACGGAGUAACUGUAUCACUCUUUUGUGGAAAACAAUGUUUAACGUGGUGCUAGUAAAUGUGUCUUGUUACAUGUUUUGAUAAGUGUCUGCCACCUAAAUUCAGUUCACUGUCGGAACAUUUAGCUUAUUGUGGACUCUGAAAGCACAGGAGCAAAAUGAAAUUUGACAGCAUACUUUCAGAAAUUAAUGGAUUUGGAAAAUUCCAAAUCAAGCUUGUCUUGAUUCAGAUGUUAUCUCGCAUUACUCUGCCAUGUCACUUCCUGCUGAAUAACUUCAUGGCAGCUGUUCCCCCUCACUACUGUAACAUCAUUGCUCUGGAUGAUGGAGACGUCUUCGGGAAUUUGACUCGGGAACAGAAACUGGCUGUUGGUGUUCCGGCAGAGCAGGAUGGGACUCCGAGCUCCUGUCAAAUGUUUUCAAAGCCCCAAUAUCAACAUCUGUCAGGCUCGAACAAUAGUGAGGAUGCAUUUACUGUUCAGUGUCAGAAUGGAUGGGUGUAUGACAACAGCACAUUCAAAUCUACUUUGGCAACUGAGUGGGAUCUCGUGUGCAGCAGAAAAGGGAUGAACAAGGCAACAGCCACCAUUUUCUUCAUUGGUGUUAUGUUUGGAGCCCCUUUAUUUGGGUUUCUCAGUGACAGGUUUGGCCGACGGCCUCUGCUGUUGGUGUCUUAUUUGUCGUCCCUGACGUUUGCAGUCCUGAGUGCAUUCUCUACAUCGUAUGUUAUGUUUGUCAUCUUGAGGUUUUUUACGGGGAUGUCACUCGCAGGAAUUAGUAUCAUCUCUGUUGUUCUAAAUGUUGAAUGGUUUGGCAUUGAACACAGGACCUUCUCAGGUGUAAUCAUAAGCCUGGAUUGGACACUUGGUAACUGGAUUCUGGUUGGAAUUGCAUACAAUGUUAAUCAGUGGAGGCUGCUCAUUGUGGCAGUGACUUUACCCUUGAUACUGUCCAUCAUGACUUGGAGGUGGCUUCCAGAGUCUGCAAGGUGGCUCCUGGCAAAUGGGAAGGCAGACGCUGCUCAUCAUUACAUAAUGCAAUGUGCCAAAAUGAACAACAGAACCAAGUGUAUGGCCACCGUCACACCAACGGAACUACUGGCAUCUGCACAGAUUGAAACUAAAGACAAGAAGUACACUUUUGUGGAUCUUUUCAAGACCCCAAAUAUUAGGAAACGUUCUAUAUGCUUGGGAAUAGUAUGGUAUGGAGUUGCAUUUACAUAUUAUGGGUUAAGUCUAAAUAUCACUGGGUUUGGACUAAACCUAUACCUCACACAAUUCAUAUUUGCAUCCAUCGAAAUGCCAAUGAAAAUUGGUGUGUAUUUCUUCCUGGAGAAAGUUGGCAGAAGGUCUGGCCAGACAGGAGCCCUGCUGUUAACUGGUCUCUGUCUCUUCACCAACAUGUUUGUUGCAACAGAUAAGUGGGUCAUUCGCACUGUUGUGGCUGUCCUUGGAAAAUCCAUGUCAGAAGCCACAUUCACAAUCAUAUUCCUCUUCACAACUGAACUAUAUCCUACAGUCGUACGACAGAAUGGUUUAGGCUACACCUCUUUUUUGGCGCGGCUGGGCGUGUCCAUAUCUCCACUCAUCGUGCUAUUGGAGGACGUGUGGCAUCUCCUCCCUGCAGUCACUUAUUGUGCGGUGGCAGUCGGAUCCGGUCUAGUAGCUUUGCUCCUUCCUGAAACAUUAAAAGCCCGCCUGCCACAGUACAUUGAGGAUAUUGAGAAACCAAGGACACAAUCCACAAGGAACAAGGAGAUUCAAUAAAUAUCACAUGUAUUGAUAAUGACAGUAUAUGUUAUGCAAUUGAUUAAGUUUUAAUAAUUGAAGAUGAGUUGAUUAUAACAUUGUUUUGAAACAAUAGCAUUGUUAAAAUCCCUAUUAAUACUUGAACCAACAGUCAGGAUUGUGUACUGUCUAAAAUCCAGAAGAAAAAAAAAAGAAGUGUGACUGUAAAUUUACUUGCAGUUGGCAAUAAAGUUGUACUAAAUGAGAA